CGUCAUGAAAUAUCUUGAGCCAUCAGCUCCACGGCCACACUCUGAACUAAAUGCUCACCAACAGGAACCAUGAGAGAAGAAAAUGAGUCUUCUACCACAGAUUUCACUCUCCUGGGAGUCACCGGGCAGCAGGAGCAGGAAUAUUUCUUCUUCAUCCUCUUCCUGUUCAUUCACCCCAUCACAGUGGUUGGAAACACGCUCAUCAUCCUGGCCAUUCACUCUGACAUUCGCCUUCAUAACCCCGUGUGCUUUUUCCUUGCCAACCUCUCCCUUGUUGACAUCUUCUUCUCCUCUGUAACUGUCCCCAAGAUGUUGGCCAACCAUCUCCUGGGUAGCAACACCAUCUCCUUCGGGGGAUGUCUGGCACAAAUGUAUUUCAUGAUAUCAUUGGGAAACACAGACAGCUAUAUCCUAGCUGCAAUGGCUUAUGACCGAGCUGUGGCCAUCAGCCGCCCCCUUCAUUAUGCUACAGUUAUGAGUCCAUGGACUUGUGUCCUGCUGGUUGCUGGGUCCUGGGUGAUUGGAAAUGCCAAUGCACUGCCCCACACCCUGCUCACAGCUAGAUUGUCCUUCUGUGGCAAUAAGGAUGUGGCCAACUUCUACUGUGACGUUAUCCCUUUGCUCCAGCUGUCCUGUUCUGACAUCCGCUUCAAUGUGAAGAUGAUGUACCUCGGGGUGGGGGUUUUCUCUGUGCCACUGCUGUGCAUCAUCAUCUCCUAUGCCCGGGUCUUUUCCACAGUCUUGCUGGCUCCUUCCACCAAGAGCUCCCUCAAGGCCUUGUCCACCUGUGGCUCUCACCUGACAGUGGUGUCUUUGUAUUAUGGGAUAGUCAUGGGCAUGUAUUUCCGGCCCCUGACGAGUUACAGUCUGAAGCAUGCAUUGAUAACUGUGAUGUACACAGCAGUGACCCCAAUGCUGAACCCUUUCAUCUACAGCCUGAGGAACCGGGACAUGAAGGCUGCUCUGAGGAAGCUCUUCCACCGCACCUCCUCAUCAUCACCCAUGUGAGAGCACACACUGUAGAGAUUGUGGUCCCCAGUCAGAAGCACUAGAAAAUCCAGCUUCAAUGGCACCCUGCCAGGAGAUGCCUGUCAUCUUUCCACUUGAAAUAUUUUUCCUUGGAAGCCUUCUGAUGGUUUGAGGAGGCAACUUUUGGAAUGCACUGAUUUCAACACAUUGCUGCUCCUUCGGACAGAGUGCAGCAGAAAGGCCUCUGGACUCAGUUCUCACCAGCCUACUGACCAGAAGGAUGGAGUUGGGAGCCUAAGUGUUGACCUCAACAUGUACAAAAUUGGGUAGACCUUAUCUGUUCUACCUGUGUCACAGGAUGCGGUUACAGUCGCUCAUAAUCUAAAGACUAUUGGUCACUGUUUGCACAUUUUAUUUAUAUAUUUGAUCACUCAGUUUGGCUAUAGGCAUGUUUUGGCAAGACCUGUGACAACAUAUGGCAAUUACUUUACAAUCGUGGACAUGCAAAGAGCAUAAAUAAGUCUUAAUGGAUGUGAACUAACUAGAUGCAAGUAGUAGUUUGUGAUUGUGGUUAGAGAUAACUAGACCAGAUUAGGUUGCCAAGUACAUGCCUGUCCAGCUUUUUACAUGUGUCCUGGUGUCUUAGUCGUUGUUCUAUUGCUGUGAAGAGACACCAUGACCAAGGCAACUUUUAUAUAAGAAAGUUGUUUAAUUGGGGUCUGACUUACAGUUUACUUACAGUAAAUCAUGACCAGGCAUGAUUUACCUCUCCCAAUAAAUCUAGAAAGAACCUAAC